AUGGUGACAAUGGGCGACCCCAUUGCGGACCUGACACCGGGCGUGGACCCGAGCGUGGAACAUCUAGGACGAAACUCUCCAGCAUCGGCCGUAUGCUACAUGGGCAUGGACAUAGACAUGCACGAGACGAGCCUUCAUAGCGGUCGCGAGAGCCCGAAACUGAGUAUGGCCGCUAGCGAGCUAAGUCUCACUGAAAGGGACUAUGUCGAAGCCGUAGGCCUAGCAACGCAGACUGGAGAGGAAUCAGACUGCACUCCUCGCUCUGAGGUGCCCUCGAUUUCAGAUGCCUCCACGGCAGACCCACAGCAACAACUCAACGUGGCCAUCGAAACAGGCUUCUUCUCUCCACAACCCCUCCGCGUCUACUCCAGGAAACUUCCUACGUCAACCUCGGCUUCCAUGGACAGUUCACCAACGUCGAGUGUGAAUGCCUCGAGCACAUCUGUCUAUGCCACAUGCCAUAAUCCCCCUGACCUUCCCACAACCCUCGCAGACCCUCAGGAUCGCCCAAGCGUCCAAAGAGACCUGUCAAGCACGUCAACCGUAAGCGUAGCCACGGUUCGUGCACACUCGGUAGAUCCAGUUCAAAAUUUCAGCCCACCCACGAAGCAGUAUAGGGAUGGGCCACACUACCCCAACCAGUCGUAUGCUGCUCUUCAAUCACAACACUACCCGCCUCCGUACUCUGCACUUCCAUACGUCUUACGCACGCGGAGUUCUCAUCCAUCCCACUACUCAUCUCACUCUGUGGCACAGAUAUCCACGUUUGGCCUUUCGCAUGAGCAGUCUCGCGAUAUCAUGGACUCCGGCUCUAGAACAGUCGGUAACUCUCCUGCCAGUAGCCCCGGCCUCUUCAUCCCGACAACCCCUCCCCUCCGUACCCCACAAUCAGAUGAACACGGCCACUCCUCAAGCCCCUACUUACAGCAUGGCUACUACUCGAGCCCCUACCUACACCACACGCAUCGACAAGCGCCGAAGGAGACCCAUGUGGCUGAUGUUGACGUUGACCCUGUCUCUGGGCGAAAAAUCAUCAAUCAGUACGAAGUUAUCGACGAGCUUGGUCGUGGCGUACAUGGCAAAGUGAAGCUUGGGAGGAAUCUUGAGACAGGGGUGUUCGUGGCGAUUAAGAUCGUCGACAGAUAUUCCAAACGUCGGCGAUUGGGCAAGAAUGGAAGUCACGAAGACAAGAUCAAGCGGGAGAUUGCUAUCUUAAAGAAGGCCCGACAUCCGAACAUUGUAAGCUUGCUAGAAGUCAUUGAUGACCCAAGCAGGAAAAAGGUUUACAUUGUGCUGGAGCAUGUCGAGUUGGGUGAGGUGAAAUGGCGGACGGAGGCCGCAAAAGAGAUAGCUCUAGUUGAAUGGCGUCGAUAUCAACGCGAGUCUGAAGGUAUCUUUGAUAAUGAUAACGCCGCCAUGGAAGACGAGCGAAUAAUUACCCGAGCGCAUCAAAGUAUCGCACGACGGCAACGACGACGAGCAAAGGAGAUGCAAAAUCGCCAGCUUGACGUCAACGAAAACGGGGCUUGGAGCUUCGAGUUUGGAGGUGAUUCCGAAGACGAAGUGUCCGAGAGCGGUCGGGAUUCUCGAGCAUCAACGGGCUCUGAAGAUAGGCCUCCGAGUCGGCUCCAAUGGGACGAGCGUCACCAGGAGAGUAACCAUCGUGAUACCAACAUGGAGACCGCAAUCCGGUCCACUACUCCAACUGCCGGAACACGACAAGAAGACUCCAACAUUGCCACAACAGGAUUGGAAGGAACCAUGUACGGCCCAUACGACACUGAAUUAAUUAGAGGUCGCACACCUAGCCUGGCUGGAAGUAGCUCAUCUCACUUCACCGAACCGGAAGAUGUUGAUGUCCCUGAGCACUUUCGCUACGUCCCGCUCAUGACCAUCCAAGCUGCACGUGAGACGUUCAGGGAUACGGUGUUGGGCCUUGAGUAUCUUCAUUACCAAGGUGUCAUCCAUCGCGAUAUCAAGCCCGCCAAUCUCCUUCAGACGAAAGAGCAUCGAAUCAAGAUCUCCGAUUUUGGUGUCUCAUAUCUUGGACGGCAAUCCCACGAAGACGGCGCUGGAGAUCAGUCCGAGUCUGACGUCCAAGAUGCCGAUGAAGCCAUCGAGCUCGCAAAGACUGUUGGGACUCCUGCAUUCUACGCGCCUGAACUGUGUCGUACGGAUCUUGAUGCCGAUACUCCUCCAGUGACUGGUAAGAUCGACAUCUUUGCUCUUGGCGUUACUCUGUACUGCCUCAUCUACGGGCGUGUACCUUUCCACGACAAUAAUACGUUCGUUCUCAUGAGAGUUAUCACAGACACGGAAGCCUAUAUUCCCCGCUAUCGACUCAAGGCAGUGGCGGAAAAAUCCGGGUCCAGACCGAAUUCACACGGACGAAUGUAUCACUCAAUGACAAGCAGCAAAAGAGCACCACACGACCUUGACUAUGAGGAGGUCGAUGAGAACUUGCGUGAUCUGUUGAAUAAACUCCUCAUCAAAGACCCGCGGAAGCGCAUCUCCAUCAAAGAAAUUAAACGCCAUCCCUGGCUUCUCCAGGGUAUUGACAAUUUCAACUCUUGGGUGGAGGAAACCGAUCCUGGCAAAUCUUCGCAAGGACGGAGGAUUGAAGUCUCAAAGGACGAACUCGACAAGGCUGUUGUCCCCAUCACGCUCAUCGACCGGGUUCGGUCUGGCGUUCGCAAGACUUUGGACACAGUCUUACGAAUGGGCACUCGUGGAGGGUCAAGGAGGCGUGCUCAAAGUACAGCAACAAAUCCAGAACAGGCAUCGAUCUCCGCACACUCGUCUAGCAGCACCAUUAGCCAAGAAAGCCGUCGACCCAGCCUGGCUGCGGUGAACCAAUCCAUCUUCGACGCGCUGAGACUUUCACGAGAACCCGAACACCCGUUAUCUCAAAGCGUUACUGCAAGCCCAGAGGCAUCUGAACGAGCCAAUUUCUUCGAAGGGCCGAGUUCCCGGACAGCAUCUCCAGCCCACAGUGUUGAGAGCAAUGAAUUACUUGGGCCAUUGACAGGGCGUUCCAGACCCCAUCCAUCUGAGCGUUCCUACUCUACCAAUUCUUCAACUGCAUCGGUGAGAACAAUCCGGCCAUCUGAUCCGUCACGGAUAGGAACCUCUGUCUCUCCCCAUAUUCCUUCAGCGCUUCCAGGGACCCCGACCGCCCUAGACACUCCAGGUGGUUCGAACUUAGGUGGUAUCUUCGGUGGAGUACCCCGCCGUUUAGUGAACAGUGUGAGGAGCCGAGAGCGGAUGCUGAAGCCUCCAAGAGACCACUUGAGAGCCAAAUCCAUUGAUAGGCUUGUUGGCACAGACGAUGACCCGCAUAGCGGACCAAGCAUCGCUUUGAGCAACGCCUUUGCUGCCGGUCAUGUUGAUCAACCAGACAUACUCAAAGAUAUCUCUCCCACUAUUGGCCCUUCCGGCGGCUCUGAUCAGCACUUUCCCAGGUCUACUGGCCGAGGAUCGUCACGGCAGUCGUCCGUUUCCUCAGUCUCAUCUCAUCCUCCUGCAACUUGUGCCGUUCACGAAACCGAAGUCCGUCCUAUGGGGGAUAUCAAUAUGCAUACUCUAUCAACUCUCCAACGCGGCACUUCUGAUGACACGUUUAGUCGUGCCAAGGACGAAUUCAGAAGACGGCGAGUAGUGGAGGAGAACCAAGGGCGCGAGCGACCCCACUCCAUGAACUUCCAGCGACCUAUUUCGGCAAUGAGUCAGACGGACUGCCCCCCUAGCCCUGAUGAUGAGAUCUUCCAUCGCCAGAAUUUGGACCAAUUCUUCAAUGGGCAGCCUCCGAGCCAUUACCAUUCCAUUGACAUGAGCCCGGCCAGCUAUCCCGUCAGCGCCAAUUCACCACAGUCAACAGGUUUGACCCCCAGCUCAUCAGAGGACCAAUUCACCUCCAUGUCCCAAUCAACUUCUAAUCCCUCUAUUCCUUCGGUCAUGUCGGCAGAUUCUUCAGUAACGGCUGACGAUUGUCCUCAAAUAAAUCCACUUCACGAAUUUUCAACCAGUGCAAGUAACACCAUGGAUUAUUUCGAGAUGCCACAUGACGACUUGACUGGUUACGAUGGAGAUGACGCUUUGGAGAGUGAAGAAGACGAUGAGGAUUCAGAGGAAGAAGACUUUAUUGUAAUGACGAAGAGGAAAAGCAACACACAGGGUCUUACGAGGAGUGGUUCCAUCUCGAAUGCCCAGCUCGCGAGGCAGAGUGUUCGAAAGGAAGUCAUUGCGAGCCGCCGACGGUCUGAACGCAGCGGAAGCAACGGGACGGUGAAGAAGAUACGAGCACCAUGGAACCUUCUCCGAAACGCUUUGAGUACUUUCAUCCAUAACAGAUCGUUUCCCUCGGAUCUAGUCAUAAUUGUCCAUGACUUGUACGAUACUUAUAUUGGAGUCUCGAUUUUCCCUCUGCGCUUUUCCGCUGCAGCAUUUGUUCCCCACCGUUUCCUUGGAAAAUGGGCAGCACGUACACAUAUACCCCCUUCGCUGGCGAUUCCUCAAUUCGUUUGCACUGGUUUAUCGUCAGUUCUUAUGUACAAACAUUCAGUCACACCAUUUCGGCGUUGGCGUCAACAUGAAACGGUUCUCUUUCUUUCGACUUGUUUUCAAAUUAGGGAUACAAAAGGUGGCGUACAUGACAAGCUUACUUUUCCUGCUACUUUUCCGGCAACUCUACUCUCUGAUACUAGGGAUUCUGGUACUUCUCUAUUUCACCACGAGGUGUUGACUGUCUUCCAUCCUAGCUACACGCGAGCACUAGGCAGGAAGCGAUCUUUGCAGAAUACGGAGGUCGCUUUGAUAACGAACGAUUGCUUGACAGUAUGGGCGAAUACUAUGUCACACAACUGUCCUAAUUUCGGUUGCUACCCUUUCUCGGUAUUUCUUGCAUACAUCCUUGUGGGGAUCGCUCCUUUUCUCCUCAUGUUCGUAUACCGAAAAGGAGCUAGCAGACGCAAUCCAUUGCCGAUCCUAUUCACACUGAGUCUGAACACCAUAAUGGCUAAAUUAUUGCUAAUGCUGCGGGAUCUGCUUGGUGUGGAGGGUAAUCUGAUCGUGUGCAAAAUGGGGAACUUAUCGUUCAACAUGACUAUUAGCCAGCGACUCGAGAGGCGCUGUGAAUAUCACGUCAUGCAUAUUUGGGAUGCGAGGGCUAGCGAUUAUGCAGAGUGCUCGCGAGUUACAGUUAUCGGUGUAUUGGUCGAUAGGUUGGAGCUGUUUGCUGAUAAUUUGAGAAGAGGUUGGGAUAGUUCUCGACGAGGUAUUCCAAAUAUUGCGAGGUUUGUGUUUGACCGAGUUGAGGGGUCUGCUAGGGCACCAACGGAAAGCGAAUUAGGCAUGACGAUCGGAGGCUCACCUGCUCCCACAUACUUAGUGGGAUACACUCGGGGGUCUUCUCCGCAAAAGCACAGCUCUUUCUCAUACCUUCUACUAGAAAUUGGAUUUGGAGCCUCAGCCGAUGAAACACGCUCCCUUGAGAUGAGUGGGAAAUGGAGCUCAAAAACGCCCCCUAUUGUGUUGCUACCUUCAGUGUUCUGGAAGAAAGAUGGCUCCUGA